AUGCCUCCUCGGAAGCCUCAGGUUGCCUCACACAGCGUGGAACUGGGCCAGGAAACGAGUCCAGAAGGCGGUCAGGAGGCUGGGGGCAAGGCUGUGGCCAAGAGGAAGCUGAAUGACGGAGGGGAUGUGUCCAUAACCUCCAAACGUGGUAGGAAGACUCUGGUUCAGCCACGGACCACAGGUGGGUUCAAAAACCCGUUCCCAGCACUCGGUUCCACGUCAGCACCUCCGGUUGUUCAUAAUAUGGCACCAGUAGCUCACCUAGUUCCUCUGGAGUCCAUUCCACCUCAUCCACCGCAGUCGUUCGAUGCAAUGUUGCCACAAAGCCAACGUUAUGACGCAUAUAUGCGUCCUGAUGGAUAG